AUGUCUUCAAAUUUAGUUAGGCUCGAACAAAUAGAUUUCAAUAGCAUAAUAAUUGAAACUAUUUCUCAGUCUGUAAAGAAACUAUGGUGGCAACACAUUUGGCCAUAUUUACAACAGGAAAUGCGUACUGCUGAAGUACUAGCUGCUGUGUUAUUGCCUGUAUUAGUGUUGGUGCAAGAAUCAAAAAUUCACGAAUACGAAACAUUCAUUUUACCUAUAUUUAAAACUGUCUUUGCCUCUCCAAAGUCUAUUCAAGCCUCAGUGACAAUUUUAGAAAAUCUUCAUGUGAUAUUAGAAAAGACGUCGCAAGACGAUAUUAAAACGGAUAUUUUGCCAUUGCUUUUUAACGCACUCGAAAGCAAUACCAUUCAGGUGCAGAGUGCGGCUGUUGUUGCAGUGGCAAAUGUUUACACAUACAUUGACGACAUAUCUAUAAAAAGAAUUAUUUUGCCGAAAACUAAGUUGGUAUAUGAGCGAAAUCAUUCAGAUGCAAAAAUUGUUAGUAAUGUUUUAUUAUGCAUAGAAAGAAUUUUGGAUAAACUGGACAAAACACAGAUAAUUGAUGAAGUUCUUCCUCUUUUGUGGGACGUAAAAUUAUCGGAUGCGGAAAUUGUAAUUCUUAUAGUCAAUAUUUAUAGGGUGAUGCUUACAGAUAAGAAAUUUGGUCUUUCGGUUAACAUUAUGGCGACAAGAGUGAUGCCAUCUUUAAUACCGCAAACAGUAAAUACGUCCUUAAAUUUAGAACAGUUUACGCUUCUACUUCAGGUUCUGCAAGAUAUGUUGGACCAUAUUGACAGACACCAACGCAACAAAUUGAAAUUGGAUGAUUUAUCAAUUCCGUCACCAGAGCGCCAUCGACCAUUAAGGCACCAAUUUUCAUCCGACAAUAUGCAAGUUCCAUUGUUUAACAUACCAAACUUGCGAAUAGAUCAAAGAAAAACAUCUAGUGCCGAGGAUAUGGCAAGAAAAAAUUCUACAGGUUCAACUACUUUGGGUGGUUGGUGGUUUGGUAAUUCCCCAUCAUCGCCUGAUAGUAACUUUUUACGUGUAGCAAAUGCUUUCCCAAAUCGAAGGCUUUCAGAUAAUACACUAAUAACUCCAAAAAUACGUGUUGCUCCAUCAUGUGCUUCUUCUCCAGGAGGAACACCAGGUGGUGGGUUGCCAGUUCGAAGGCAUUCGAGUAUAGGAGCUCAAGAAAGAAGAAGUUCAGCAAUAAAUUUAUCGCCGCCAACUUUGGCUCGGAAUCUUAUAGGUGGAUCCAUGCCAAAUACAUCUAGCAGUGUACCAUUUUUGUUAUCUUCAAGUAUGCAAUCAAUCAGGUCUAGACGACCAUCAACAUGUUUAUCCUCAGGUCCUCUUGGAUCUGGAUCUGGGCUUUUACAACAAUUAGGUUCUGGUAUGGUUCGUCAAUUAUCGUCAAUGUCCAGUGCGGUUCCAAUGCAAUUUCAACCUAGUAAUAGUAAUUUUACGAAUGGAAAUCGAUCAAGUAACGUUCGUAAAUGUCCAUCACUAAAUAUAACAUUUACAAAUUGAUUUAACUAACAAAAGAAAAAAAAUUAAGAAUAAAUUCUUAUCCUCGCACUAUUUGCUGUAUUUAAUGAAACACUUAACAUAAUAUUUACAUAUUAUAUUGUUAUUUAUAAUUAAUUGUAUAUGUUUUAAAAAUAAAUAUAAAAAACAUUG